AAUGACAAUAAUUCGAUUGCAUGAGCCAAUUAUUCAUCGACAUGUAAAAUAUUUGUUUAAAUCUAAAACAUGUGUAUUAUAGGAGAGACUGUUAAAAAAGGAGAAUGAAAAUAAUGAUGAUAAUAAUUAAUCAAAAUUUUAUUAGAAUAUUGAUAUUUAGACUUAAGAAUAAGAUAUUAUUGGGAUUAAGUUAUAUUAAUAAUAAUAAUAACAAUAAAGUUAAUUCACUUUAUCAUUAGAGUAAUAUGAUUUUAGAUAAUCAACACCUUAAGACUUUGCCAAAAUUUAAUAAAUUGAAAUAUAGAAUAUUAUUGAACAUAAAGGACAUAAUGAAUUGUUAUUAUUAUUAUAAGCAAGUUAUGACAUGUUUGAAGAUUUUUAGUAUUGUUAGAAUAGUGAUAUGACUUAUUAUUAAUUUAAUAAGAUUUAAUAGCGUUAUAUUCCAUUAAAUAGGAAUAACCAUAUAUUGAUAACAACUUAUGGUUAGGAUAUUUUGAGUUAUAAAUUAAGAGAAUAUUUUGGUGUAAAUUUAAAACACAUUAAAAAUUCAUUGAAUUUAUCUUUUAACAAUGACAAUUUAAGAUAUAAAUAAUUACCAUAAGAAGGAACAUUAUUUAUUACUCAUGAUAAUUUAAUAUCAUGUGAAUUUAUUACUAGAGAUUAGAAAAGAUAAUUAACUAAAGGAGGUGGAAUAUAAUUAUUAUGGUAAAGAUUGGAUUAGGAAUAUAUAUGUGCACUUGGUAUAUUUAUACCUGUAAUAUUUGCAAUUCAUUCUUAUUGUUUAAAUGAUAAUUAUUAUACUUUAGCAUUCAAAUUGAAUAGAUUGAAAUUACAUUAUCCAUUAUAAUAAGAAUUAUGGUCACAUCAAUCAGUUCUAAAUAGCUUAAUUAAAUAGAAUAUAAUUGGAUGGAUUACAAUUGAUAAUAGUAUAUAUUAUAAGAGAUUUCUGGCUAAAGAAGUAAAAGAUGGAAAAUAUAAUAUUAUUUUUAAUAGGAAUGAUUAUUUGUUAGAUGAGAAUGAAAAAUAAUCAUUAAUUGAUAUGAUAAGACGUGAUCAUAUUACCAUGUAAUAAAUGAAAUGUUCAUACACUUUAUAAUUUGUUUAUACAAAACAUACUUCUGAAAGAUUAAAUAGCUUAGCAUCUAAAGAGAAACAAUUUGAAUAUGAUUAAUCAUUGGCAAUAAAAAAUAAGAAGAAAACUAAACAUCUCAUUGGAAAUAUAGCUUCCUUUGAGUUAAAAACUAAAUUGGGUUUUGUCCAAGUAUUUUGGGAUGA